GUUAAAUGCUUCGUUGCUGUACGAGCGUAAUCAUCUUUUAAAUGCUUCGUUGGAAGCGCUCAUGGAGUUCUCACCUCAAUCCCUCCUGCAUUUCCUCCUCCUCCCAUAGUUUUGAUCCCAUCCAAACCCCCGUUCAGCUCCACUCGAUUCCUUUCGAUUCUCGAUCCUACGCCCAUCUUCUCACGUCUCUCUCCGCACAAGCAGUCUCAGUUAACGCCCGCCACCUGUUCGACGACGAAUCGCCUCUAAGGAACGCCUUCACCAACACCUGCAAGGCCAUCCAUGCCCGCAUCAUCAAACAUGGGAUCCGCCUCUACGCUGCCGUCGGGAACGCUCUCAUCGACCUCUACUCCAAGUGCGGUCACCUCUGCUACUCCACGAGGGUCUUCGACCGCCUCGAGGAGCGAGAACCGGCCGCGUGGAACUCCCUCCUCUCUGCCCACUCGCGUAGAGGCUGUCCGGAAGAGGUUCUGUGUUCUUUCCGGUCGAUGCGGUCCGCUGGUGGGCUGCCGGAUCAGUUCGGAUUCGCUAUCGCUCUCUCCGCCUGCGCCCGCUUGAAGGAUCUUGGUUUCGGCACGCAGGUGCAUGGGGUCAUCUUGAAGACUGGGUUUGAGUCCAACUCUUUCUGCGAGGGAUCGUUGGUGGAUAUGUACUCGAAAUGCGACCGUGUUGAUGAUGCCCGCAAAGUGUUUGAGAGAAUUGCCAGUGUGGAUACUGUUUCCUGGACGAAUAUGAUUGCCGGCUAUUCUCGUGUUGGCAUGUUCAAUGAAGCAGUUGCGUUGUUCUCAGAUAUGAUAGAGAAAGGUGGAAUGCCCGACCGUGUUGCAUACGUCACUGUUAUGACUGCACUUUUGAGUCUGGGAAGGCUUAACGAUGCAGAAUCUAUAUUUUGGCAAAUGCCUUCUCCAAAUGCUGUAGCAUGGAAUGUGAUGAUCUCAGGUCAUAGUCGAAAUGAACAUUUUGCUGAAGCUCUUAGUUUCUUUGAAGAAAUGAGAAGUAGGGAUAUAAAGCCUACUCGAUCGACACUAGGAAGUGUGUUGAGCGCUGCUGCCAACCUAAUGGCGCUGACGGAUGGUCAGCAAGUACAUUCUGAGGCGAUUAGGCUUGGUUUGGACGCAAAUGUAUUUGUUGGAAGUUCUUUGGUCAACCUAUAUGCUAAAUGUUCUCGAAUAGAAGAUGCAAGGACAGUGUUUGAUUUUUUGGAAGAAAGGAAUACAGUCAUGUGGAAUGCAAUGCUAAGUGGAUAUGUUCAGAGUGGUGAUGUACAAGAAGUCAUGCCGUUGUUCUUUCAGAUGAGAAGACUUGAUUUUGAACCUGACGAGUUCACUUUUGUCAGUGUUUUCGGUGCUUGUGCUUGCAUGGAAAAUCUUAGCCUAGGUAGGCAGUUACAUUCUUUCACAGUCAAAACUAAUUCUGUAGCAAGUUUGUUUGUGGGCAAUGCAAUCUUAGAUAUGUAUGCUAAAUGUGGAGAAAUCAAUGAUGCAAUGAGGCAAUUCCAUCAUUUACCUUACAGAGAUAUUGUUUCAUGGAAUGCAACCAUAGUUGGACUUGCCAAUAGUGGGAAAGCGGACGAUGCGUUGGAUAUGUUCCAAAGGAUGACAAUGAAUGAGGUUGAACCCGAUGAGAUAUCCUUUUCCAGUGUUUUUAGUGUUUGCUCCAAUCUACAUGAUUUUGAGAAAGGAAGGAAAAUUCAUUGCCUAGCUAUCAAAUCCGGUUUCGGUUCAAAUCUCUAUGUGGCAAGCUCACUUGUAGACUUCUAUGCAAAACUCAGUGAAAUUGAUGCCGCCAAGAGAGUGUAUGCUCAGAUGGAUGAAAGGAGCAUUGUCACAACAAAUGCUCUGAUUGCUGGUCUUGUCCAAAAUCAUAUGGAGGAGGAAGCAUUAGAAAUGUUUAAGCAUAUGCAGGUUGAAAACUUGAAGCCAUCCGAGUUCACCUUUGCAAGCAUUCUUCCUUCUUUUGCUUGUCCUUCAAGAUCAAUCAUGGGUAAACAAGUGCAUUGCCACUUGUUCAAAUCUGGCCUCUUAUAUGAUAGUUCGUUCCUGGGGAUCUCACUUUUAGACAUGUAUUUGAACUCUAGGGAAGUUGAAGACGGCAAAAAGCUUUUCUGGGAGAUGCCCGAGGAGAAGAGCAUGGUUUUAUGGACAGCAAUCAUUUCAGGGCAUGCACAAAUUGGUUACAGUGGUGAUGCAUUGCUUUUCUUCGGUAGUAUGCAUAGCUACAAUGUUAAAUCCGAUGAGUUCACUUUAACUAGUGUUCUGAGAUCUUGUGCUGACUUAUCUGACUUAUUUUAUGGCCGACUAGUGCACAGCCAAAUCAUACGCACUGGUUUUGGUUCAUACAAACACACAAGUAACGGUCUCAUAGACAUGUAUUCCAAGUGUGGGGAUGUGGAAGCUUCUUUUCUAGUGUUCCAAGAGUUGGAGAACAAAGAAGACAUUGUCUCAUGGAAUUCUAUGAUUGCCAGUUUUGCAAAGAAUGGGCACGCGGAAGUGGCUCUGGAGCUCUUCCAGCAAAUGGAGCAAUUGCAGAUUCCACCUGAUGACAUUACCUUUCUUGGUGUCCUUACAGCUUGCAGUCAUGCAGGCCUGGUCACUGAGGGCCACCGUUACUUUCAUAUGAUGAGCACAUACUAUGGAAUAACCCCAAGAGUAGAUCACUACGCUUGCAUGAUAGAUAUCCUUGGUCGUAGUGGUUAUCUAAAAGAGGCUGAGGAGCUUAUUAAUAGGUUGCCUUUUGACCCUGAUGGUGUUAUCUGGGCAACAUUGCUUGCAGCUUGCAGAAAAUAUGGAGAUGAAGUCAGUGGCAAAAGAGCAGCAGAUAAACUCAUCGAAUUGGAACCAGUAAACUCUUCUCCCUAUAUCUUACUUUCAAAUAUAUAUUCUGCAUCUGGUGAUUGGAGUGGUUCUAAGAUGGUAAAAAAAGAAAUGAGAGAAAGAAGAGUGAAGAAAUCUCCUGGGAUCAGUUGGGUUAAUGUGGGAAAAGAAACUGUCUCUUUUGUGGCAGGUGACAAAAUGCACCCAGAUGCUAUCAGAAUCUAUGACACACUAACUGAUCUGACAACAGAAAUGAAAGAAGAUUACAUUGAUUUACUUGAAGUUUUUGGAUGAUAUCCUACUUGGAUUUUUGUUGUGCUGCCCGUGGCCCAAAUAUCAGUUCUGCCUGUGAUAAGGAGAACAUGUUGAAGGAGAGUUUCAACAGAAUGUGGAUAAAAGACGAAUAUCUAUGGUGCUUUUAUUUGGAGGGGAUACUAGAUGGUGAUAGGGAGAUUUUUGUUUGUUUCUUCAGAAGCAGCAUCUGUGAGUAUCCUUCUUACUGCUUCAAGGGCUUCUCAUCGCAUGAACAUACAAUGCAAGUCUUGUAGCCACCUUAUUCAAUGGCUUUGAAAAGGCAUGGUGCAAUGUAUAUGGAAUAAUUCAAGCGAUAGACCAUGGAAGAAUUCAUCGACAUUGAAUAUGACUAAUGGCACAUGUACAUCAUUUCUUUCGUGCAAUUACAAAUCACUACAGGAAUAUGAAAAGAAACAGUGAGCUGAAUGAGAUAUACAAAGACCAGUUUCUUAUUGUUGGGUUUGGAAGGAAGGAAGACAUAGAAUCAGCAUUCUUGCCUUUCCAUGUUAUCCCUGUGUAGGCACAUGCCACUUGAUAGCUGAGAUGAAUCCUUCAGAUACAAUGCUUCUGGUAUCCAUGUGAUUAAAGGAAACUGAGUUUUCACAACAUUUUAUAGUAAUCAAUGGCAUUUAUGGUGAGGCUGCCCUCUGGCUUUUUGAGGCUUCUAGUCGGUUAGGCGAACUACUGAGCGAAUGCGCUUGAAUGAGUUCAUCUUGCAGCUCCUCUGUUUCUGGACACUCUGAAAUAUGGCAUAAAAUGAGAUAUGCAAGUAACAAAUAAGACAAUUCAGUCGGAACAUAUUUCCUGUUUGAAGAUGUUAAUCUGUGAUUUAACAAGAGCGCGACAAACUCAUUCAUGUUCAAAACUGUGAUCUUUCUAGUUGACAAUGGCUUGCAUAGGCCUUGAAAGCUUUAGUUUAUGUAUAUGCAUAUGAUGGAAAGAACCACAAGGAGAAGUCCUUUAGUUUAGGACUAUAGUGUUAGUGGUUUUAGAAUGUCACUGCAUCAAAGAAGACCGAGCAUGAUUUCAGGAAUCCAAACUUGAUCGUGUCAAGUCGAAGUAAGAUUGUACAACAUUUGUCUACUAGUUUUAGUGAAGUAGCUAAGGAAUAGGAAUGGUGUUGGAAGAGUAAAAAGAUGAAAGCAAAAACUAUCACAUAGAAGAAGUGCUAGAAAGAUGGGUUUUGCACAAUACUGCAAGUAACUACAAAGAUAUAAUACAUAUGUAAUUUCAAGGGAACAGAGGAUUACCAAAGAGAGAUUUGAUACUUGGCUUCCUCAA